CGGGGGGGGGGGGGCGACGGGGAGGGGCCGGAUGCAGGCGGCGCGGUGGGCGCUGCGGCCGGGCUGCGAGCGGCGGAGGAUGAAGGCUUUGGUGGCCGCGGCGGCGCUGGGCGCGGCGCUCCUGCUGCUGCUGCCCGCCGCCUCGAGGGCCGACGAGCGCAAGAAGGGCCCCAAGGUCACGGCCAAGGUGUUCUUCGACCUCCGCCUGGGCGAGGAGGAUGUGGGCCGCGUUGUCAUCGGGCUCUUCGGCAAGACGGUGCCCAAAACGGUGGAGAACUUCGUGGCCUUGGCCACCGGGGAGAAAGGGUUCGGCUUCAAGGGCAGCAAGUUCCACCGCGUCAUCAAGGACUUCAUGAUCCAGGGAGGGGAUUUCACCCGCGGGGACGGCACCGGAGGGAAAAGCAUCUACGGGGACCGCUUCCCUGACGAGAACUUUAAGUUGAAGCACUAUGGCCCAGGCUGGGUGAGCAUGGCCAAUGCCGGCAAGGACACCAACGGCUCCCAGUUCUUCAUCACCACGGUGAAGACGCCGUGGCUGGAUGGCAAGCACGUGGUGUUCGGCAAAGUGCUGGAGGGCAUGGACGUGGUGAGGAAGGUAGAGAACACCAAGACAGACAGCCGGGACAAGCCCCUGAAGGACGUCACCAUUGCUGACUGCGGCACCAUCGAGGUGGAUAAGCCCUUCGCCAUCGCCAAGGAGUGACCAGUCCCAGUGGGCUGGAGCUGCGGCGGGGCCCAGUGCUGCGGAGACCGGCCCCCACGGGCUGCAGGGCGCCCUGCUGCCCCCUCUGCAUUCCCCAGUGUCCCCGGCGGCCUCCUGGGGCGUGGGCAUUCACUGAGGCCCCAGCCCCAGCCCCUGCCGCCUCCCUGGGGGCAGGACGAGGCGCUGCUCCACUGUCCAACACUUCUUUUGUAAGAAGCACAUGCACCAAUAAAUGUGACCAAUGUGUUUUUUA